AUGAACUUCACAAAGAGGAACACUCAGAAGUAUAACUUCAAGGACCCGGAUUUGACAAAUUUAAGGAAGCUAGGAUCCUUGGUAGUUAGUCCGGACGACUUCCGAAAACGCUACGGGAAUUUGCUCAGCAUCCUCAAGACAAACGUUGAAGAGGGGAUCCUUAAUACCUUGGUCCAGUUCUAUGACCCUCUCUAUCAUUGUUUCACGUUCCCAGAUUACCAGCUUGUCCCCACUUUGGAAGAAUACUCCUACCUAGUCAACUUACCGGUGUCUGACAAGUUACCUUUCAGUGGCCUCGAACCAACUCCUAAACCUUUAACUAUUGCCGCAGCUCUCCACCUCAAAACUUCCGACAUAACCAGUAACCUUACUACCAAAGGAGGCUUCCAAGGCCUAACUCCCAGUUUCCUCUACCAAAAAGCCUACACCUUUGCCGAAGCCGCCAGUACCGGUGCCUUCGAAGCCAUCCUUGCCCUACUCAUCUAUGGCCUUAUACUCUUCCCUAACAUCGACGAUUUCAUCGACAUUAACAGAAUGCAAAUUUUCAUAUCCGGAAACCCUGUCCCCACCUUACUUGCAAACACCUACCAUUCCAUUCACCACAGAACACAAAAGAAAUGCGGAAUUAUCACUUGUUGUGCACCUUUGCUAUACAAGUGGUUUACUUUACAUUUACCCCAAACCCACCUUUUCAAGACUAAUCCAGAGAAAACCCGUUGGCCUUAG